UAGCAAAUCAAAUUAUCAUGGCUGAUGAACAAACUGACAGUUUGUUGGAUGCUGCCCUUGAUACCUCAAAGGAUGAUGACUCGUAUGUCUUAGAUGACCACAGUGGGGAAGAAGGUGAAGUCGCUGAAGACCCCGAGCUUGAAGCAAUUAAAGCAAGAGUUAAGGAGAUGGAAGAAGAAGCUGAAAAACUCAAAGAAAUGCACAAGCAGGUGGAAGAUUCACUCAUGAGCCCCACAGGAGGAACAACAGGAACUAGUGCACCAGGGCUUGAAGACAAAAGUGAAAUUGACAACAGAUCAAUUUAUGUUGGAAAUGUUGAUUAUUCUGCCACUGCAGCAGAACUUGAAGGACACUUCCAUGGUGUAGGAUCCGUCAAUAGAGUGACAAUUUUGUGUGACAAAUUCACAGGUCAUCCUAAAGGAUUUGCAUAUGUGGAAUUUGCUGACAAAGAAAGUGUUGAUAAUGCAGUGGCACUGAACGAUUCUUUAUUCAAAGGAAGACAGAUAAAGGUAAGUGCAAAAAGGACAAAUGUUCCAGGCAUUUCAAGUACAAAUAGAGGACGAGGAAGGGGCUUUUCUCAUCCCAGAGGUGGCUGGAGAGGUGGUUUUUCAUCACAUGGCUCUUAUGGUGGUUAUAAUCCAAGAUUUCGAGGAAGGGGCGCAUACAGGUCAAGACGCGCAGCUUGGUUUUCCCCAUAUUGAUCUUAGUUUGUUACCAAACAUAUCCAUCAAUGUUUUCUAGUCUUUCACCAAAACAGCCUAACAAAGAAAAAAUUCUGUGAUGCAAUGUAUUGUUAUUUUCAACCAAGGGUAAUGAAAAAACAAAGCCUUUUGCCUUUAGAGUAAGAAAAACUUGAAUAAAACUGCCCAUUUUCCUUUGAGUUUUGUCAAUUCCAAUUUCCUUUUCAUUAUGAUUGAUCUAGUCUAAUAAGAAAUAAAGGCUUUUUCUCUUUCUAUGGAAAAUAAUUCUCUGGUAUUUUCCUCAUAAUUUCCACUUUGUGAACUUUACCUCUCUGUUUUCCUUUUAUUUAUUCUUCUCUCCCCAUUUAUUUGCUUCAGCAGUAGCAGAUGCAGCAUUUACUGCCAAUUAUUGUUUCCUUCUUCAAUUCUGCUCACGCCUUUGCAUUUUUCUACAAGCUGAGAGUGUGAAUUUGAUAAAAAAAUAGAUGAAGUCGAAAAAAUGUUAUAAAAAACCAAAGCCUACUUGGGAAAUUUAGAGGAAUGUCAGAAAGGAAAAGAAUGUCUGUGUUGAAAAGAAAAUAUGAGUUAAAUAAUUUCCAGGAAGUGGAAUGUGAAUGAGAAAAAAACCAAGCUGCAUGACUUGUUUAAAGAAUACUUACAAAGAAACAAAGUGAUGAAAAUGAUAUUGAAAAGAAAAAACAAGCAAAAAAGAGAGAAGAAAAUAUGAAUUUUAGAGUCAGUUUAAGAAGAGGAUAAAUUGCAUCAUGGACAAUUAAUGAGCCUGUGCUCUGGCACUGUUGGUUUUCAAAUUGGACAAAAGACCAAAGAGCAAAUCUAUGAUGAACACUAAAAUAUUUAUGUUCCAAGUGUUAGUAGCAUUGAAAAUAAUGACCUUAGUUCCACUUAUUACUUUUAUUGUUUUUUGUGACGUCAUUGGACUAACUUUGAUUAGGUUACGUGGUAAGGGGUGCAUUUUCUAUUCGAUUUCUGUCAUUGAAAAUGUGACCAGCAAGUUUUGAAAUUCAUGUAAGCGCUAGUGAUUUCCCAUUCGAGAAACCUAGAAGACUAUUCGAUUAUCACUUUGACCCAUUUUUUGAAAUAACAUGUGACACUGUGAGUUGCAAUUUCCGUAACUUACAAUCCUAGAAUCGUCGUCUGAAUUACUAGGAUUGUUGUAAUUACCACCAAAAAGGAACAAGUUGCGAUAUUCUAAAAGAUCAGUAUUGAUGUUUCAAAGUCGUGGAUUAUGACGUAAUCAACACAAUUUUUCGUACUAUUUUUUAUAUUUUUUACCGUAUCCUACAAAUCAGCAUGUUGACUCUGAUAAACCGGUUUUUAGUUCAGGCGAUGCCUCCAAUUUAACUGUAAAACACAACUUCAUGUCAAUUUAAAAAGAUAUAUGGCUGUGUUGAUAUUGCCACUACCAUGAAAUGGCUCAAGAUUUGCAAAAUGUAGUAUCUUCCUGUACCUUUUUGUUUUCAUAUACGAAAAUGUUUGUAGGCAGAA